AUGCAUCCAAAACCUGCAGGAGAGAAUCAAGUUCACGGAGGAAAACAGAAAGAAAUCACAGAGACAAAAGAAGCUCUGAAACUACAUAGAAAGGAGAUGGAGAAUAAUGAAAAGUUUACUGUAGAAGUUCCAGAGUUUUUUUAUGAAGGAGCUGUCUGCUGUACAGUCUGUGAGGAGAACUGUCACCAUCCUGGAUGCACAGUGGCCUGGUCUGCUGGAAGCUGUGAGGUCAUGAAAAAUGGCCGCUGCACAUCAUGUACCAGGAAGUGUCCAGUAUCAGCUCAUGUGAAAGAAAAGUGGAUCUAUGUGACCAAGAAAAGGUACGUUAAGAAGACCAAUGAAGACAUGAAAAACAAAUAUGAAAUGAAUAAAACUAAAGGUCAGAACAAGCAAAGCCUUUUUGAAAAUCUUGAAGAGGAAAUGAACAAACUGACAGCAGAGAAGUCAGAGUUACUGGAUGAGUCCUACCAGCAUCUUGUCAGACUGGAGCAGAUCGCUCUGAAAACUGAUUCAGCGUCCACUCUUGACCACUUGGACUUCCUGAUUGAGAAGAUUAAGGAGGAGGAGGGUGAAGGAGACUCAGAGAAAGUCGUUAAACUGGGGGAGAUGAAGAAGAGAGUGGCUGAAGCAAACAAAUCAGGGCCAAACAUUUUUGACAAACUAACAGCAUAUGGGAAAAAGAGAUAAGUCCAGUCCUGAAAUCUGAUCUUCUUUCAUCUGAUUGAUACCUUGGAUUCUUCAUGUGUGUUCAUGCUCUCAAUGACUGCUUGAAAUAUUUCUGAUGACUCAGACCGAGUGGAAACGUUUGGAUCCUUUCAUGUUGGACUUGAUUUGUUCAAUUUCUCUAUAUUCUGUUCUGACUCCUCAAUAAAAAAAACAACAA